AUGACUGACACGGUGAGAAUUCCUCCCUGGCAGUUUGAAAGGAAACUGAAUGAAUCCAUUGCUGAAGAGCUGAACAAGAAAUUGGCCAACAAGGUUGUAUACAACGUCGGCCUCUGUAUCUGUCUAUAUGAUAUCACAAAGCUGGAAGAUUCGUACAUAUUCCCUGGAGAUGGAGCAUCCCAUACCAAAGUGCAUUUCCGCUACGUGGUCUUCCAUCCCUUCCUCGAUGAGAUUCUGAUUGGACAGAUUAAAAGCUGCAGUCAGGAUGGCGUUCACG